AUGAUUUAUUUGCGGUCUCUUGGACUGGUUCUUUGUGUAUUUAUCCUUCCCACUUACUCUGCUUAACUGAUUCAACUUCAGAGUUUGAUGAAAUUAGCAGAAUAAAAACUCAACUUGAUUAAGAUUAUAAUCAAUUGAAAUCACAACAUGAUUAUUUAUUGAUAUUUCAUAAAUUACAGGUGAUGAGUUAACUUUGGAAGAAUUGACUGAAUUAAUAGAGGAACUUAAACGAAGAUCUCUCAAAUAUGAUAGAAUCCAAGAACUUCUAAAUGGACAAGAUAUAAAUGAGAUUAUUUCUAAAUCAGAACAGUACAUAAUCUAGUAUAAUAUCAACCAAGAAUUAAAAGAUUAAUUAGAGUAAUAUCCUUUAAGUGUUAUAAGUCUAAAUCAGGAUAUAUAAAAGCAAAAUCAAAAAAUAUUAAUCAAUCAGUUAACAGAAUAAAAUACAAAACUUCAAGAAUAAAUUACUUCAUCAUAGUCUUUAUUAGAACAACAAAAAAUUCUGAUUUAUAAUAUCAUAGGAAUUCUCAUUCAGCUUAGUCAACUCAAAAAGAUUAAGAUGAAUAAUGGAUCAUUGAAUUGCAAAAUAAAUUAAUCUCUUUAGAAUAAUAAAAUAAAUAUUUGAAAGAAGAAAUUCAAUCCAUUUCUAAUAUUAAAAUAUAAAUUGAAAGCAAACUUAGAAAUUCUAUUUUAGAAUAAAAUUAACUUUUAUCUGAAAAGGAAAAGCUAGCAAAAGAAACUUUCUAUUUAGUCAGCUUAUCUAAUAAUUUUAAAACACAACUAUAAAACAAAUAAAGUAUUAGAAGGUUUGAUUUGAAUACACUAAUAAAUUUUUCUUAUGAUUAAAAAAAUUUUUGA